AUGAAUCCAGAGGAGCAGGCUGUUACAUGGCUCAUAUCUCUCGGAGUCCUGAGCUCCCCGAAAAAGAGCAUCGCGGACCCCGAGGACUUUCUCAAAACCUCGCUCAAGGAUGGCGUUGUUUUGUGCAGACUCGCGGAGCGCCUUGUGCCUGGCUUCACACCCAAGCGCGGAAGAAGGGAGGGGUUUGGUGCUGGGGAAAAAAAACCCAGCGCGCUCUGCAGAAAUGGCUAUGGGGCAAUUCGCGUUAGUUGCGUGUCCUAUUGUCAAGAUCCAAGAAGUGAAGCAGAGUGCCUGGGCAACAUUCGUGAGUUUUUAAAGGGAUGCGUGUCCUUAAAAGUGGAGGGCUUUGAGCCAGAGUGGUUGUACUCUGGUGAGAACUUUAGCAAGGUGCUGACGACAUUAUUAGCAGUCAACUUUGCCACCCAGGACAGUGGUGCGGAGCGGUCAUGUCCUCAGUCUGGAGUGCCUUCUCCUAGUCACUCCUUGUCACACACACUUUCCAACGUCAAAUCUAAAGGCUCUCUGCGCAGACAAUCCAAAUCCACUGAGAUGGGGGACAACGGGGGCAGCGGCGGACAGAUGAUGGUCAAAGCUCGUUUCAACUUCAAGCAAAACAACGAAGACGAGUUAUCUUUCAACAAAGGCGACGCCAUCCUCGUGACGCGGCAGGAGGAGGGAGGUUGGUGGGAGGGCAUGCUGAGCGGGAGAACGGGCUGGUUCCCAAGUAACUAUGUCCGAGAAAUCAAAACAUGUGCAGAGAAGCCCGUGUCUCCUAAAGGAACUCAGCUCACCAAGAAUUACUUCAGCGUGGUGGUGCAAGACAUUUUGGAACACGAACGUGAAUUUGUCAAAGAUUUGCAAGUUGUUUUGGGAUCCUACCUCCGGCCACUUCAAGCCAGUGACAAAUUGACCCCAGCGGACAGCACGACGCUUUGUGGAAAUCUGGAAGAAAUCCUCACCUUUCAGCAGGGCCUCUGUGCAUCGUUGGAAGACUGCACCAAAGUCCCAGAGUGUCAGCAGCGAGUGGCGGGCUGCUAUGUCUCUCUGAUGAAUCAAAUAAGGGCAUUAUACUUAUCUUACUGCUCGAGUCAUCCUUCUGCGGUCUGCAUUCUUACUGACCACAGCGACGAGCUCGACAAGUUUAUGGAAAGUCAAGGCGCUAAUGCCCCUGGGAUCCUGACGCUGACCACGAGUCUCAGUAAACCGUUCAUUCGGCUGGACAAAUAUCCAACACUUUUACAGGAGUUGGAAAGACACGUGGAGGAGGCCCAUCUUGACUACCCCGACAUUAUAAAGGCAACAGCUGCAUUUAAAGACCUUGUUAUGCAGUGUCAGAAUGUGCGUAAACGUAAGAACCUGGAGCUGCAGAUCUUGUCAGAGCCGGUGCGGAGCUGGGAGGGGGACUGUAUCAAGAGCAUGGGGCAGGUGGCGUACAUGUCCCAGGUGUACAUUAAGAACGGCUCCAGUGAGGAAAAAGAAGAGCGCUACUUAAUGCUUUUCCCAAACAUGCUAGUAAUGCUGUCUGCCAGCCCACGGAUGAGUGGCUUCAUUUAUCAGGGACGACUGCCUCUAACUGGCACCACUGUGACGAGACAUACAGAGGAAACGGACAUUGUGCAGUUUGCGUUUGACAUUUCAGGAAGUAUGAUUGAACGGAUCAGUGUGUUCUGCAGCAGUGCUCUGGAGCUGCAGGAGUGGUUGGAGCAUCUCCAGCCCUUUACUAAAGGAGGCAGCCCUGUGGGCACCAUCACCAAGACUGUGGAGGCAAAGUCUUUGAGCAUGGUGGGCAACCCAACUCACUUCUCUCACCUCAGCCUCAGUGUGACACGUGGCCCUUUGGAGCCACCUAAGACCAACAAACCCUGGUCCUUGAGCUGCCUGCGGCCUGCUCCGCCCCUCAAGCCGUCCGCCGCACUGGGCUAUAAAGAGAGGAUGUCUUAUAUCAUGAAGGAGUCCAGCAGAAGCCCAAGACCCAUGAAAAAGUUUCUUCCUGGAAACAGGAAAAAAGAGCGCAAACCUUCAGAUGAUGACGUUCAUACAAGAAAAAGCACUGUUGCUCUUGAGGAAGAUGCUCAGAUCCUACGAGUGAUCGAGGCCUACUGCACACAGGCCAGCCUGCACCAAACCACCACUGCUGUGCGGAAAGAGUGUGUCCCUCAAGUGCUUCUGCCUGAAGAAGAGAAAAUCAUAGUAGAAGAAAUGAGGAGUAAUGGGCAGACGGUGAUUGAGGAAAAGAGCUUGGUGGAUGCAGUUUACGCUUUAAAAGACGAGAUGCACGAGCUUAAAAAGGAGAACCGCUGGAUGAAACAGUUCCUGGAGGAGGAGCAGAAGUCUCGAAAGGACCUGGAGAGAGUGGUGCGCAAACUGGCCAAGCAGAAGAACGAGUGUUCGUGGGAGGACGGGGGUCACUGA